CUGGCCAACUUACGCGCCAAAUCCCCACCAUGCGGACUCUUUUCCUUUGCAUCCUGCUUUUCACUGGUACUUAUCAGUUCUUAUGCAGGGUGCAACAGAGUCAAGGACAGCAAGCAGCUGCAGGACAUGGAAAGAAGGCAGCAGAAUUUGAAGAAGCUCCUGAACGUAGGCAGUUUUGCAAAUGGCCUUGCAAAUGCCCACGCAAACCUUUUUGUACUCCUGGAGUAAGCUUGGUGACUGAUGGCUGCGGAUGCUGCAAAACCUGUGCAAAGCAGUAUGGGGAGCUGUGCACUGAAGCUGACACCUGUGACCCACACAAGGAUUUGUACUGUGACUACUCUGCUGAUAGACCCAAGUACGAAUUUGGAGUAUGUGCUUAUACUAUUGGAGUUGGGUGUGAGUUAAAUGGAAUAAUUUACAGACAUGGUCAAACGUUCCAACCUCACUGCCACUAUAAAUGCACGUGCGUGAAUGGGGUUUUGGGAUGCACACAUAUCUGUACAAGGAAACUGGCAGCAGGUCAAUGUAAAGAUGUCACGGUCAUAAAGGGAUCUGAAUAUUGCUGUGAAAAGUCCCUUUGUGAUCAUUCAGAACUGAAGAGACAGCAAGCAAUAACUCACAGAGCAAUGUCUGUUUACAAGGCAAGACCAGUUGUGUGGCGGAAGAAGUGUAUGCUUCAAGCAACUCCAUGGAGUGAAUGUUCAAAAACCUGUGACAUCGGAAUUUCAAUCAGAGUGACAAAUAACAACAGCAGGUGUGAACUUGGGAGAGAAAGUAGAUUGUGCUUUAUUCGACCCUGCAAUACAGGCAUAUUAAAAAAUUUGAAGAAAGACAAGAAGUGCUUACAGUCAUUCCAGCACGCGAAGCCUGAAAGAUUUACUCUCUCCGGCUGCACAAGCAGAAGAAGUUAUAGACCAACGUUCUGCGGUACAUGCUCAGAUUCCCGCUGCUGCGUCCCUAAUCAACAAAAAAUAGUGAAAGUAGAAUUUAACUGUACCGACGGAGGAAUAAACAUUUGGCAGAUGAUGUGGAUCACAUCUUGCAAAUGUCAGCGAGUCUGUAUUGAUUCAGGGGACAUAUUCUCAGAUCUGAAGCUGCUGUAG